CUUCGAGAAAAUUCAUGAAGUAAAUUAACUAACCCAUAGUUAAGCUUAACUAUUGUAACGCAACCAGUGCGAAAGUUAUUAACGCAUUACACUACACUAUACUAAUUCUCCUUCUAACUGUAUUAUGAUUAUGCUAUACAAAUUCUCCUUGUAACUAUAUUAUGCUAUCCCAUUUCAACUGUUAGCGAUUUCUCAUCGGCAGUCGGAACCGAGCAGACGCGUCUACCUCGUAAUUUCAUUCUUUUUGGUUUUUCACACUUUUUUUCUCAUUUUUUUCUUUUUUUUUUGUUUUUGUUUUCCAAUCUGAUACGAGCCGAAACAGACUUUGUUACAGGCUGAACAAAACUCAAAGUACUACUUCACUAGCCAGUAGCAUUUGUCGGUGUUAACAGUAAAAGAGCUUCAAAGAUGAUUAAUGCUGAAACGUUUAAGAAGACUUCUCCCUAUAAAAUCACUCAUAAUGAUACAGCAUCUCAUUAUAAUUUAGCUAAUACUACGGCCGAAUUAUUAAAAUUUCAAUUACAAGAACAAUAUCGAACUAAAUUACAAGAUUUAAAGGAAUCAAGAUUUCCGGAGAAUUCUGGAAAUAGUAAUGAUUUACAAUUAUUACAUACUUCUAUACUUCAUGAUUCAUUUAAUUCUCAUCUUCAAUCCAAUUUAGAUAAAGGUCAUGUAACUAUUAGUCAUGGUCAAUCAGUUGUUAGUAAUGAUUCAUCAAUAUCUUCAUUAAGUAUGAUAUCAACUCCUAAUUCUGAAGUAUCGGAUAAUUUCGAACUUGAAUCAGUAUUAGAAUCUAAAAAUAAUUAUUUAAAUUUAAAGGUGUUAAUAGAAAAUUCAAUAUUUGAUACAUCAAAAAUUAAUAAUAAUGCAAUAAUGUCAUUACCAAUGUUGAGAAUUAUCAAAAGUACUAUUGAAGAAAAAAGAGAACUCCAACAGUAUCUAUUAGAAAAAACUCAUAUCUCACAACAAUUCAUUAAGGAAAUAAUAUUAAGCGAGCGCGAACAUGAACAAAACCAGAGUCAAAAUCAGAAUCCGGCUGUUGAUAUUGAUGCUAAAUUAUUAUCACAAGCAUUAAGACUGACUACUUCAUUACAAGAUCAAUUAUUAAGGGUUAAUCAGGAAUUAGACCAACUCACCACUCAAUUAAAUAAUCAUAAUAUGGCAUGUUUAGUACUUGGAUAUGUUGAAGAUGUUACAUUAUCAUCAUCUGAACUUAAUAAUAAUCAAUCUUCUGAUAUAUUGGGAUCAAAUUCUACUGCUAAUGAUAGCGGAUUAAAAUCUUCUAUAUCGGCAAAUAAUUUAAGUAUGACUAGAGGUGAAUCACUUCAUCAAUCAUUCGAAGUUUUAUUUUCUCAUAUUGCUUCAAAAGCUGCUCAAUCUGAUGUUCAAUUACCAUCUCCACCUGCCACUAAUGAUUCUAUAGAUUCUCGAAUUAGAUGGGCUUGUGAUUGUAUUGAUAAGAUUACUCGAUCGGAUACUUCACCUCCAGCAACAGCUACCACAUCUUAUCAAAGCACUCCACCUAAGAAAUCAGACAUUAGUUUCUUAAAUGAAAACUCUUUCUUCUCGAAUUCAUCUCCAAAGAAUUCUACUACCGAUUCUGAUAAAGUCUUGGCCGAAUAUAGAACGGCCCUUACUGACUUGAGAUUUUCCUAUCAAUAUUUAUGUAAAGAAUAUGAAUUAUCACGAGAAAACUCUCAGAAGUUAAUUCAAGAAUACAGAAAGAAGAUCCAUCAAUUGGAAACGGACAUUACCAGAUCUGGAGCUUCCACCACAGCUACUCCAACUUCGACCACCUUUAACAGCAUCAACAACUCUACAGCAUCUUAUAAUCAAGACUCUAUACAAUUGAAAGAUAAAGAAAUAUCCAAGCUCCGUAAGGAAAUAAAUCUACUUAAAGUAGAUAAACUUGGAUUUAAAGCCAAUAGUAAUGGAUCUAAUUUCUCACUAUUGGGAUCUCCCAAAUUUAAUGAAUCUAGUUCUAUAUCUCCCAUAACGGGAGAAUUGUUACAAGUUCCAGAUAUUGAACAAGCACCUACAGACAAUGAUGAUCAACGACUGGUAGGAAGUGCGUUAUCACCUUCAAGACCCAACUCAGGAUAUGGCGGAGGAUCUAUGAGUAGUGCUAUAUUGAGAAAAGAGUUUAAGAAGAUAAUUAGUGACAUGCAAGAUCACUACGAGAUCGAACUUAGUGAAGAGAAGUUAAGAAGAAAGCAAAUUCAAGCCCAGUUGGAUAAAGUACAAGGCCACUCUAUAUAGAUAGAUAUAUAUAUAUACACUAAAAUUUUCAGUUCUUCCAUGAAUAUAUUACCGACUUUUUAUGAUUUACUCACUCACUAACUCACUCUCACUAAUUAUAAUUUUUCUCCCUACGCGUACCAGAGCCCUUAGC